UAGCCAAAUCAUCAAUUUUGCAAUUUGUUGCGCUUUCUAAUUCUUUGUCGACACUGUGGCGUGCGGUGAUGGAUGAAGAUUUGCUACACGCGAGGGCUGGAGAGACGCCGCUGUACUCAGUCGACAUGUACACGUCUGCUGUACCGUCCACGACGCAAACGAUGUCUCCAAGGGGUGUUGAAAACCCUCCAUUGGCACAAGCUAGGCAGCCUCCAAGGCCAAGGCCAAUACCACGUGCGAGAAAUCGCCAGACAGCAGCAGGGCAUGAGACGUAUCGUCCUCGUGCGACCAAAAGCAGUGAAAUCCAAUCCACCAACUUUCCAGUUCUAGCUGACAUUCCAAGCAGUGCCCCACCGACUACAACCCACCGUCAUGAUAAUCCCUGGCUCAAUGAACACAACUAUCACCAUGACGACGCAGACCUCUACACAUCAUUCCAACCGACUACAAACCAACCAACUCAUCACACAACCAUCCAAGCACAGGCUAAUCCCACCAGCUCUGUGGACAGUAAUGCAAGUGAUGAUCUCUAUGGUGGACCGUAUAGCAUCAACUAUCAAAGCAUGGGACAGAGAGUGGCCGAGUAUGAGCAGCAAUUAAGGAGAAAGGAUGAGACGAUAGGAUUAUUACAGAUGGAGCUAGAGAGAUGUAGGAGACGGUUGAUGUCACAAGACGAAUUGGAGAGGAAGGAGGGUUUGGUGGAAAGUCGAAGAGUGGUAGUGCAGCAGCAAGAAGAAAGACAACGGAGGUUGGAAAGUCAAUUGAGGUUGGAUCGAGAGGCUUUGGCUCGUCAACGAGAAGAAGUGGAAAGGGACCGGGCUGCAGUAGGAGAGAAUCAGUUCGUAUUCUUUAACAAAGACAGACAACUAAAACAAUCGUAUGAAGACAUUCAAACACAAAAGCAGGAGCUCGAAAUGCGAGAAGCAAAGCUGACCAACUGGGAAAGACGUUUGGGGGAGACAGAACAAGAAAUGAAGAGCCGGGAGAGAAAGGUUGAAUUGGAUGCCCGCGAUGUUGCCAAACGAUCUCAAGACGUCGAGAAACGUGAACGAGAUAUUGAGAGACAUGAAUAUGAACUCGUACGACAGCAAAUGCAUACGCAGCCGCCCGUGUUGGGAGAUUUUGAGAGAGAUAGGAGGAGUGAUGGGACGUUGCUAAGAACGGUGGUAAGUGAUGAUCCUUUGAGACGAAGGCAGCAGUUGAGUGAUGAUGAGGAGCUGGCUCGAAGACUGCAGGAGGAAGAACAAAGAACGGGGCUGGUAACAAGUCCAAGUCAGCCGAGGCACCAGCCAUCUCUUGCUGAUGACGCUGCAAUUGCUAGACAACUACAGCAACAACUGGAACUGGAAGCCAUUGAAGAGCAGCACCAGAGGUUACGGAGAGAGCAAGAACGUGGUGAGAGAGAAGCCGAGGAGAAGAGAAAGAGAAGGGAAGAGACUGAACGUCGCGACCGCGAAUUAGCAGAGGAAAUGCAGCGCCAGCUGAAUGCCGCACCUCGUGAAGAAAACGACGCCCUACUAGCCAGACAGCUAGCCGAACAAGACGAGGACGACAUACUAACUCAAAACCAACCCGGCGGUUACAUAACCGAAGUCGGCCAGACAGAUGACAGUCCACGAGCCAGACAACCAUCCGGGCAUUUCACCAUCGAACAAAUAGAACGAAAUUUGAAUUCAACUAACUGAUGGAUGCUGUUACCAUCACUAACCAUGUACUAUUGAUUGAGUUUGUAUUGUGUUUGUAUUGAGGGUUGGGACUGGAUAUCAUCCAUUCUGUAGUGACUUGCUGUCGUAAUGGGUGAGGAGUGUAGGUGUGGGUGAUGUGUGGGCGUGGUGGGAAUUUUUGUGAAUAUUGUUUAGUUAGGAUUGGAUGAUUUGCAUUAUGUUGUACAGUUGAUGGGAAAUGUGCUGUUGGA